GGCUGCAACGUCAGCUAUUAGCCUAAGGUUAGAGCACCACUGUAAAGUACGGCGUAGUCUAGAGUGACGGGCUGUCAACUCCAUGAUAGAGAGCACCAUCACCAUAGCGCGAAGAUCCCCUGAACACCAACUGGCCCACCCCUCAAACCAAUUGACAUUCAACCUCUGCUUCAGCUCCCACGACAAGCACAGCCUCGACCCAGCGGGCUUUCACCAUGUCGACAAUUGCUUCUCCACGCGAGCCACCGCGCCGCAUACCUUCCCAGAGCUUGAUCACACCCACGUCGUCCACAAGACCAUCCCUCGACGUUCCACGAUCAGCAGCCGGGUCUCCAAACCCGAACAGCACGCCUACCAGCACCUUCCCCAAUCCCGCAAAGCGUAACCGAGCCGCUCUGCGUGAGUACUACAACCUCAGAAACAAGGUCGCGUCCCCGCCGAGCGUCGAGAUCACCGACCCGUUAGGGGAACACCAUGAGGCGUCCGAGGUGCCACAGUCCGAGCUGGACAAGGACGGCUUCGACGCCGAGACUUUCGUGAGAGAGAAACUAGACGGGAGCAGCAUGGAGGAGGUACUGAAGCUGUAUACGAGGACUCUAGGCGAGAUUCGGGCAUUGGAUGCGGAGAAGAAGGCACUCGUCUAUGACAACUACAGCAAGCUGAUCACGGCUACAGAGACUAUUCGAAAGAUGCGCGCGAAUAUGGACCCCCUAAACCCGAUGGCCUCGACUCUGGACCCUGCAAUCGCUCAGAUUUACUCACAGGCAUCCGCCAUCAGAGACGCCCUGAGGGAAGCCGUGCCGGAGUCAGAUCCCGCCCAGAAGGAGGCCGAGGAGUUGCGACAAAGAAGAGUACGGGCCAAACAAUUGGCACUGGAAGUACUCGAAACCCCAGACAAGCUUCGAGCCCUGGUCAACGAUGGACGCAUGGACGAGGCGAGGCAAGUGUGGAAGACGCCUCGUAAGCUACUACAGACAUGGAAAGAGCAAGGGCUUGGCGGGGGCGACGUCGAUGCUUGCAUUCAAGACGGCGACUCUGCUUUACGAGGAGAGCCUGGUCGGUUCAACUGGCAAUCUGCAAAGGUCCAAGGUGAUUGACCAGGAGACUCGCACGAUGCCUCAAU